AUGUUGUUGGAAAAUUCUAAUAAUUAUGUGAGUUUGUAUUUUUUUCUCUUUUUGUAUAUGGUUAGUUAGAAUAAGUAGUAGAAUAAUUCCGAUUGACCUGUUUCGAGUGUUUUUUGUUGGUUAGUUGAAUCAAGCAAAAAAAAAUGAAAAGAGGAUAAUUUGAUUCGCUCGCCGCAAAGAAAUGUUAAUUGGAAGAAAAACGGGAUUUUUUGAUUGAUUUCGUGGGAAAAAUUGAAAUUUAUCUCUCUUGUUUUUUUGGGGGAGGAAAUUGGAAAUUUUGAAAUUGGAUUACAUAAAGAAACAUCCAACGUUUUUGAAUUUCUGGAAAAAAUUAACAGUACCGAAAAUUUUAGAUAAUUUUUCUGAAAUGAUAUCUGAGCCUGAAAAUCAUUACCACAUUUUUUAUCUGGAUGAGGGCCAGGACAAUUUUCUUAACUGGCCAAGAAAAUCUAUAUGAUUAUGAACUUGGUCUAAAUUGUCCCCAUUCAAAUAUUCUAAAAAUCAAAUGUGGUCUGUUUUCAUAACCUUCCAAUUUUUUGCCCAAUUUUUUUCCAUUCUUUUCACACUAUCUCAUUUACAAUACUCGUUCGUUUGUUAGUAAAUAGUUUAUUUUAUGAGUGAUUGAUGAUGACCUUUUUUCUCUCGUCUUUAUAUACAUACACACCUUUUUGUUAGGUGCCCUCUACCUUUUUGAUGGCAGAAAUUGAUAAACAUUAGACAUAUAUGUGUGAAAUUGACCGAAGACAAAAAGACAAUGAACUGGGAUAAUAAAUUUUGUCUUGGCUCUUUGCUCUUUUUUCGUUGCUCCAAAGUAUGAAUUAAUGAGUUUGCCAACUGACACGACACUUUUUUUGUGUUUUUUCUUGUCAGAUUUUGUUUGAAAAUGAAAUGGGAAAAAUGGAUUAAUACAUAGUAAAUGGGUUCGUUUUCUUACGCCCAACAAUUAGUAUAUGUCCUUCGUAAAAUUGGUAUUACAUAACAUUGAAAAAAACGAAAUAAUAACAGAUUAAAUAAAAAAAGGUAGCAAAUUUGCAUUUGGUAAUAGUAGUAAAAAAGAAUUAAAAAACUGGUUUGAAUUCUCGAUUGGGGAAAUGAAAAAAAGAGAAAACAUUGUAAAAGGGUUGAAAUUUACGAAUUUUCAGGCUCAACUAAAAUCUAUAGUUGGAAGAAGUGCCGUUUGUGUCAAUGGAAUCGCGCUACAUCAACAAACUGAUACACUUUUGCAAGUUGCUGGGUUAGUUUUAGGGAAAGAUAUUUGGAAAAUUAGAAGUCGGGAAAUUAGGAAAGAAAUUAGAAACUCGACAAAAAAUCUCGCCUCUAUAGAGAUAUUUACCCCAAUUCCAAGUUUUUUUUUAAAGAAUUUGAUUUUCCUGAUUUUUUGAGAAAGGAAUAAUUGAAAAGAAAAAUUGACAGUUAUUUUGAUUCCGAUCUUCAAUUUACAUUUUUUUUUUCCAGAAGUUCUGUGAUAGUGACCUCAACAUCGAAUCAAGAUCAUCUCGAAGGACAUUUAAUAUCAGUUGCCAAACAACAAUUCAGUUGUGUUUCCAUCACUUCGUGUGGAAGAUUUGCGGCAACUGGUGAAAAUGGACAUAAUCCAAGUGUUCGAUUAUGGCAAAUUCGAGAUGAUCGAGGAAAUUUUGUGGGAAAAUUGAUAAGAUCAAUGAAUGCGCAUAGUGUUGGAAUUAAUAUAGUAGUGAGUUCACUUUUUUGAAGAUGAGAAAAUAAUAAAAAUAAUGAUUUUUUUUUGCAGCGUUUUACCCCGGAUGAUUCGACUCUCAUUUCAAUUGGAUGUCAACACGAUGCUCAAAUUAUAACUUGGGAUUGGAAAAAUGGAUUGGAUUUAGGUGUUGGAAAACUGAUGUCACCUGUAAAUGCUCUAACAAUUUCAUAUGAUAGUAGUAUGUGUGUUACUGUUGGUGCAAAAAGUGUCAAAUAUUGGUUUUUGCCAAUGGCUUCGGAUGGAGUUUCAAAAAGAGCUGGUUUAACGGUGAGAAACAAAAUUAAGAUGAAAAAACAGAGUUGAAACACUACAGUAGUUUUCAGCCCUAAAUGUCUAUACAGAUUCAACGUGUUCCAAUGAUUUGUCAUUUUUCAGAGUCGAUCCGCUAUUUUGGCCGAUAAAAGAAAUGUAAAUUUUGUCGACGCAACAUUUUGUGAUUCAACAAAUCGUUUAGUUGCUGUAACUGCUACUGGAGAAAUUGUUGAAUUCAAUGGAAAUAAAAAAUAUGUGAAAUGUUAUAAUUGGAAAGAUUCUGGAGAUUUCAAAGCUGUCUGUAUAUCUCGAAUUCCCGAAGGCCUUCUGGUAAGACAUUUUUCUCAAAAACAAUAUCUGAACAUAUUUUUUUUCAGAUUGGAUGUUCGGAUGGACUUGUUAGACUAUUUUGUCUUCUUGGAGAUGAUCUCGAUUUCUUAGCCGAUCUUGCUCCACCGAUGCAUAUUUUAAUAGAUCCAUCGAUUGUUGAUUCGCCCCAAAAACUUCAAGAUCAUCCAGACGAUGCAAUGUUAGUUUAAAAAACAAAUAUGAAAUGAAUAAAAUUCUCAAAUUAUUUUUUUCAGAUUUCCUGAACCUCGAUGUAUUGUUUCCUCUCCAUUUGGACCUCAUUUUGUUGUUGGAUAUUCUGAUCGUUCUCUAGUUGCAUUUUCUAGAGAUCAUGGGAAUUGGGGGUUCAAACGAGCAAGUCUUGGACAUGUUGGAUCUGUGAAUUGUAUUGAAUCAUUUCCGAGCACAUCGCCUUGUUUACCACCUGGAACUGUUAUAACUGGAGGAAGUGAUGGAACAAUCAGAUUUUGGAAUUUUGAAGCAAAUGAAAAUCGAGCUGAAGUUUCGAAUAUUUUAUGUCCAUCACUUUUGAAAGUUGUUUAUUUGGAUGAUAAUCAGGAAUUGUUGACGGAUCGAAGAAUUUUGGAUACUGUUGGACCGGCGAAAGAAGAUGAAGAAAGUGUUGGAGGAGGAGUUCUUUGUACAAAAGUAUCACAUGAUGGAAGAAUGAUGGUAGCUGGAACAUCGAAUGGAAUGUUGUAGUGAGUUUUUUAUAAACUUGUAAUAUAUUACUGAAAAAUAACAUUCUAGCUUGAUUGAUUUAUCCUUCUCCGAUAUGCCAAUUCUUGACGUCAUCAAUGCUCAUGAUAAUGAAAUUUGUUCCCUCGAUUUUUCUGACCAUGCCUCAACUUCUUCAAAUGAUCAACCAGCUUUUCUUGUAUCCGGCGGACGUGAUCGAUUUGUUCACAUUUUCCGAAAAGUUCCAUAUAGCUCGGAAUUUGUUCAUUGUGCAGUUUUGGAUUCACACAAAGCAGCUAUCAAAAGUGUGAAAUUUGCUGCGGUUAGUUCUUUUUUUUUUUGAAAAUGAAAAUUUAAUUUAAUUUCACGCCACGUGGCCAAACAUUUUUGUGAAAAAAAUCAUUUCAAAAUUUUAGAACAAUGGAAAAUUGCAUUUGUAUACUUGUGCUGUUGAUCGAACAAUGAUAAUUUGGAGAUUUGAUAACUUCAAAGAAAAUCAGAAUCUUUGCGAAUUUUCAAGACUUCAACAAAUUCAAACAAGUUCAAGUAUAAGUGAUAUGAAAUUCAUAAGAUACUGUGAUUUAAUUGUGAUUGGAGGACAUGAUCGAAUUUUGAAACAUUAUGAUUUAGAAGGAAAACAUUUAAGAGAUGUGAAAUCAAUGGAUGAUUCAGAAAUUGCUGGAAAAAUUGUGAAGAUUGCAAUUGACAGUUCGGGUUCAUAUGUAUGCACAAUUUGUUCGGAUAAAUAUAUUUAUUUAUCGGAUUUGAGAACUGGGAAUUGUUUGGCAAUUUUAUGCGGUUUUGGUGCUCCACCAACUGAUGUUGUAUUUUCUGAUGAUUUUCGAUGUGUUUUUGUCACAACUGCAAAUGGUGCUAUAUUUAUAUGGAGAAUUGCAAAGAAUUUAACGGAGAGAAUGAUUUCGGCUCAAGUUCGAUUGAUGGAACAAGUUACUAUGAGGUAAGUGACACGGGAAAAACAAUUAUUGUUAAUUUCAAAAUAACAUUACAACUUUCAAAAAUUUCAAAAUCCUAAUUUUCAGUUUGUCUCUGAUUUUUCUCAUUCACUGAUCACCUUCUCGAAUUUUCUUGUUUCUCCCAAAAUACAAUAAUAAAAGCCAUUUAUAAAGCGAGAAAAGAAAAUUGGGCGUCGGAAGGAAAGAUUUGAACAUUAGAUUUCGAAGGGGAUUUUUACUGAUUUCGAUCAAUUUCAUUAUUUCAACAGCCGCCUUCCUUUUUGUUUUGCUUUGUUUCGCGCAAAAAAUUAAUUUUAGAGAACACUUUUGAACCGCAAGUUUCAUAUUUCAUAAAUUUUCAGAACUGCAUCACCUGAUAGCCUUUUGGGAAGUGGAAGUGAAACAAUCAGUGAAUCAACACAUUCAUUUUCAAAACCUCUUGGAGCACCAGAAUUCUCGGGAAGCACAACUUCUUUAGGAUCAAACGACGAUUUUAGUGCCACUGGAUCACAGAUGAAAAACAACACGUGGCACCCGAUUGGUGGAUCGAGUUAUGCAAGAAUUGGUGACAGGUGGGUACUUUUUUCGGGGGGCCGCUCAACUUUACACUAGAGUUUUUUUGAAUUGAAAUUUCAUUUGUUGUUUGCGCAUCUGUUUGGGGGCAUCGAUUUCCGGAGAGGCAAUUUUUUAUUUUUCGUUUUAGUUUUAGAGUUUUGUUGGAUUUUUUGGCUGGAAUGAUAUUCGGGCCAAAAUUAGGCACUAUAUUUUUCGGAUAUGCGAAUGGAAAAUUUCCUUUUUCUCUAGAAAUACUUAAAGUUUUCUCUCAAAUUUUGUAUUGGAAGUUUAAAUUCGAAAAAGUUUAAAUUCGAAAAAAAGUUUGAAUUCGAAAAAAAAAGUUUAAAUUCGAAAAAAAAAUAUUUGGUGACGUUGGUAUAAUUUUUUAGGAAGCACUGAAAAAUCAACAGUUUACAUGCUUGACCAGACCAGCUUUUUCUUCUUUCUUCGUAAUGUCAAAAUUUUUAUACAAUAAUAGUGAGUAAUGCAAAUUUUGUUGGAUUGUCAUCACUCUACCCUUUUAUUCUUUUUCUUCUUCUUCUUCAUCAUUGUUGUUACCAGCCACAAAAAUUUGUAUUUUAUUUUAUUAUUCAUGACUAUCUUUUGUUACUUUGUACGGUUUUCAAGGGGGAUUGAUUGGAUUAAGUACAGGUUUUCGUUUCCCUCGAUUUAGUGGAAUUCCGAAAAUAAUUAGCACCUACUUCUUUUUUUUUGCUUGCUUGCUUGGUUUUGGGUUUUUCAAGCUGAAUGAUGAUGAUCUGUUUGUUUAAGCGAUCGGAAUAGAAGAAAAAGACGGACUUUUUGACCGGUCUCUAUUUUUGUUUGUCUCCUCUCGUUUUCCUAUUCUUUUUUAUUUAUGUUUAUAUUUAUAUUCAUAUUUCUUCCUUUUGUUUUGAGUUCAGUUCUUCUAAAGGUUCAUUUUUCUCACCCACUAUAGUAUAGUUUUUGUAUUCAUUUGCAAAAAAUGAGACGUUUGUUAUCUUGACAAUCGAGAUUAGAUUACUCGUGCGCCUCAUUGGCUCAGUGGUAGAGCGUCUGUCUAGUAAACAGAAGGUCGCUGGUUCGAUUCCAGCAUGAGGCACCGAAACAUUUUUAUCGGAAUUUUUGUUUUUUAUUUUGAAUAUUUCUAAUACUAUUUGUGGUGGUCUUAGAAUGUUCAAUGAACCGUUGGAUAAUUUUUAGAUGAUCUGACUAAUGGGUCGUGAUUUAAUAACUUUUAUUACACAUUCAUCUUACUUUUACCCGCUCUCCCACACAAUUUUACUGGAAAAAUGUUCAAAAAAAUUGUAGAACAGUUGUUGUGUUCUUCGUUAUUAAUUACCCGGAUUCAUUUUAUCUAGAAGGUUCAGCCGAUUUCUUCCAAGCUGGAUUUCUUUCAUUUUUUCGACGUCACACUUGGUCGGAUAUAAAACAUAUGCUUUUUUUGUGUAUUCAGAAUUUUAUUGAACUAACAUAAAUCUUUGUUGAAUCUAUUUUAGUUAUUCUGGUCUUCUUCAAAAUAUCGAACACAAUGGAAUAUUCUAAAAAUUUCAUAAAUUUUCCAAUAUUCAAUUUUUUAGAGCACUCUUUCUAACUCGAUUUGUAUAGCUCUGUUCUCCCUAAAAUACCUGUGUUCUUUCUGACUCAUCCAUCCAACAGCAUUUUUCUAUAAAAAAUUUUGUCUGUGUUCUAUAUUUUUUGCAAUUCGUCACACCUGGUCGGAUUUGUAUCUAAUAUGUUUUUCAAUUUCAUUUUGUAUAGAAUAAUAUGAGUUUUCUAUGUUUUUUCAAAAACAAAAAAAUCAAAAGUGUAAUAUGUUUUCAUAAAAAUCAGAAGAAGAAGAUAGCUUUAGAGGAUUUCGUAAUUUUACUUGUUCGUUUUCUAAAAAAAGAGAAAAUAAAUAUAUUCAGGUCAUUUUCGAAUUUCGAAUUAUUUUGCGCAUAUUUUGGUAUGAUAAUAAUAUUAAUAAUAUAAAUAAAAGACUAUUAAUGAUAGGGAAAAAGUUAUGCAAAACAUGUCAAAAUGUCCUUGAAAUUUCGCGCGGAAUGUAAACAAAAAUGUUGUUUUCUCGAUUUGAUUUCAUAAAUAUCUAAGUAAUUUUAUAUCAUUUUUAUUUUCUUUUUCUUGAUUUUCCCAAAUUUCUUUUUUCUUGACCACUUCUUUUUUCCAAAUUUUUUUGCCGUGUUGUAAAUGUUUCUUUGAAUGACCAGCUGUCGGUCUUCCAAUUUAUCACUUUAUCACAUUUUUUUCGUGAUUAUUUUGUUGGAAGAAAAAUUAUUACUUUUGGAUUUUCUAAGAUAGUGAGAAAAAUGCUUAUUGUUGCGCGGUAAAUUGAGAUUUAUUAUUAUUUUUUCCUGCAGACAAUUUGGAAUUUUUCAGCUCAUUCUCGCCAAGUGUUCAAUCGGCGCCGGCGGUUGAAAGAAGAACGCACACCAAUUUAUUUUCACCAAGUGAUCAGUACGGUAGGUUUUUGGUGAGGGAGGGGUGUUCAGAUUAUUAGAAUUGUAGAGGAUUUGAAAAGUGAUGAGAAUUCUGUGUUAGCCUGAAAAUUACAGUUAGAUAAUUUAGGAAUAAUUUUUGAAAUCGUAAAUUUUCCAUUGGAAUAUUAGUUUAUUACGAAAAUCUGAAUUUAUUACAUUUAAUUUUUUUCUCAUAGAAAGUUUUCGCGCCUAAUAAAAACUGAUAUAAAAUUAUUCUUGAUCAAAGUUUUAAGUGUAUUCUCAAAGGUAUAAUAAGUUGAUAUUUAUCACUAUUUUAAUGAGCCAAGGUAUUAUUAUUAUUAUUAUUUUAAUUUCAUCUACAUAAACACAAAAUUCCAACAUAACUAAAAAAAUUUUUUUCAGAAACUGACGCUUCUGAAACACAAUCUGAUUUCAUAUCUGCCGGAUCUCGUCGACGAAAUAAUCGCAUAUUUUCUGAAGAAGAUCAACAUAAUAACUUCUUAGCUGCACCAAUUGGCGAAGUUCGACGAUCUGCUUCCCCGUUGUCACCAUUUGGUGGCGCUGCGCAUUUACAACAAGACGAUUCGCUGAGAGGAUAUCAAUCAAGUAAAUCGAUGAUGAAUUUACGGUGAGUUGUGUUUUUGGAACAUUUUUUUUUCUUUUUUUCGAAAAAAAAAACGCAAAAGCUUUUUUUAAAAUGAAAUGUGAUGUAAAUUCAAUUUGCCAUCCCCGAAAAAUCUCGAAAAUAUAUUUUUUAUUUUUCAGUGACGUUUCUGGACGUGUUCCAACUGCCAAAGAACUCAUGUUAUCUCAUAUUCGAAAUUCAAAUGGAGGUGGAUCUUCUUCGAAUCUUGGAUCGACGACACCAACUUCAAGAAUGCGAUGGGGAGAAAUGGCGCCAGUUCAACAGAAUCGUGAGUUCUCAAAAAAUUGAUGUGCUAGAAAAUUAGAACUUCUCAAAAAUAUUUUUUCGAAAUAAGUUUCCACAAUAUUUUUUAACUCGUUAAAAAUGUACGGUCCUCACAUGAGAUUCUCACGAGUUUCUUUUGUGCAAAAUGCACUUGAAGAUGGGAAAACAUAGUUAGUUUUUUUGCUGUUGAAAGAAGAAUAAAUAUAACCUCCUUGAAAAUGUGCCAUUAUUAAUUACCCUUAUUUAUUUUCCCAUUCGCCCACCUUCUUCCUUUUUCCUCUUUUUACCCCAUAAGAAAAUGGUGUGACAGGCAGGUGCAAGAAAAAAGGAACAUUAUUGAUUCAUUUUUCGGUAACCUUGAAAGCUCACCUUUUUCUUUGUUUUGUUUUCGUUUUUUUCUAAAUCGAAAAGUUUAGUUUAUGUAAAUUUUUGUGACUUUUUCUUCUCUCAAUUUACAUUAAAAUAUUUAAUUGAAAUUCAACCUCCUAGUCACUCGCAACAAAAAAAACGAAACAAAAUAUCACAUUUCGUAUUUUUUGUCAUGCAUUUUUUAUUAUUCUCCAUUUUUUUUCAGCCUCGAACGAUUGGCAACCUAGUUCAACAAGUGAUAUUCAUCAUAUUUCACCGGUUAUGGUUUCGCCAAUGAACAGAUCUGUUUAUCAGAAUGGACCACCGCCUGUUACACCAAGAACUACUUCGAGAUUAUUGACGACGCCACCAUCACACCAAGCAUUGCAACAGAUUCAGGUUGGGAAUUUUGGACUUAAAAAAUGACUUUUUGGUUUGAAUUUGACUUUUAGAAAAUAAGUCAACCUAAAUUUGUUUUUCAACGCACAAGAUAUUUUCGUAAACAGUAUAUUCUAAGUUCAGUUGCCCUUAUUUAUUUCAAAAAUCUCAUUUCUUGUUUUUUUUCAAAGUGUAUUUUUGCGAUAUUCAAAUUUUGUCUACGACAAGUUUUUGUUCAAUUUUUUUUAUUUUCAGAAGUCUUUCAAAUCUUCUUUUUUUCCAGGCCAAUUCUCCAUUCCGUCGAAAAUCAAUGGAUCGAAAUAGUUUGUCGCGAAAAUUCCUCGACAACGGUGGAACUCAACCAAAAACUGUAUGGAGUCCUCAAAAUAUCACAACAACUGCUGCUCCGCGAAAAAGUUUCACCGACUUGUUUGCGGCAACAAAUUCCGAAGCUACAGUUCCAUCGCCAAUCACACGAAGACGUGAGUAUUUUUGUAAACGAGAAAAAUUCUAUGAAAAAUCCCCGAAAAUAUUUACCCGUUUUGCUCCCAAAUUCCUACCAUUUUACCCGUUUAGAAACCCAUAAACAACUUCGAUUCUCGACGGCUCGAAAUGAGUUCGAUGAUGAGAAUUUUGUGAGUAGCACAACAAAUUGUGAUAUUCCGAGACGAUUUCGGAGACCACAAACAGUUACUGUUGAUACGAGAGAUAUGAAAAUGGCAAUGAGUAGAAAAGAAGGUGUGAGAUGAUCACUUGUUGUUUUUUCUUUGCAUGAUAAUUUCAACAAAAAAAAUGAUCGGCACUUCUAAACAUUUACGAAUUUUCUCAAGAACUUUUGAAUUAAAAUUCUAGAAAAACUUCUAGAAAACGUUUUUAUCGCUCAAUACUUUUAUUUGGGGUAUAUUUGUGUCAGGGUUCACUUCUAAUUGUCUUAUUAAUUUAAUUUACACAACUUAUCACUUUUUGAAAACAUACUGUUUUUCAAAAAAAGCAUAUCAUAUAAUUCACCUCCGAUCUAACAAUGGAAUCUAAAUUUUGGGAUACACUUCCAGUUUUUGAAAAAUAAUUUUGACACUUUGUUUUGGCAUAAGCUUCAGAUAGGUUUUUUCUCGAAAAUUGGAAUUGUUUCACUUUGUCUUCUGGGAUCUGUGUCCACUUCUUCCAACUUCUAAAAAUCCCCAUUAAUUUCUCAUUUUCAGUCGAAGAACCAUCAUUUUCAUCAAGUCUCCGAAGUCGAAGUCAAAGUCCAAAUAAAUUGGCAUUGAGUCAAAUGCUUGGAUCAAGAAAUGAAGUAUCAUCAAGUGCCUCAUCUACAGUUUCUGGAAUGACAAAAACAAAACGACGAGAUUCGGAUAUGUCAUAUGUUCGAUCAGCGACUCGCGGAAGAGAUGAAUUGAGAAAAUCGACUGAUGCAUUGAAUAAAUUGAUGGCUGUUCGAAGUAAAUUACAUCAAUCGAGUGAGAAUUUGAGAAAAUCUACAGAGAAUUUAUCGAUUGUUGAUGGAUCGAGGACAAGAAGUAUUACGAAUCUAAGAGCACCUUCGAGAAAUAUGGAAACUUUUGGAACUUUUGAUGCUGAUUCGAAGAGUCAAUAUGGGUAAGCUUUUUGGAAAUCUAAAUAGUAGAGCGAAUUAUUUAGCUGAAAAAAAUUAGCAGAAAAAUAUUGUCAGAAAGUAUACGUGGCAUUGUUAAAUGUCUGAAGUAAAAAUCACUUAACUAUAGUUAGUUCUAAUGAUAAGAAUAUGAAAACUACUCGUUAUCAAAACGAAAUAUUUACAUUUUUUUCAUUUUUAUAAAUUUUGUUUUUACAGUUCUACAAGUUCUUUGGCACAUUCAAGAAUGUUGGCGAGAAGUAUGACAAAUAUGAAUGAAAAUAUUGCAAUGGAAGGAUCAGCAGCAAAUCGAGAUUAUGAUUCGCCAUCAAAACGACUGGCAAACACAAUUCAAAUGAUGAGAAAAGCCAGUAAUCCUGAUUUGACAGCACCGGAACAAUAUACAAAUCAAGAAGAAACAUCUCCAUUUGCAAUGAAACCGAGAGGAGCUGUACAAAAGAAAAUGGAUAGAUAUCGAUUAAAAAAUAAAAGUAUUGGAGGUGGAAGAAAUCAAACAUCGGAAGAAAGUGAUAACAGUGAUAUACCAUGUGGAAAACGAAAUGUGAUUGGAGGAACAACUUCGAGUGAUUAUUCGCCAGCUUCUUCGACAAGAUCUUCGUCGCUGGCAAAUACACAAAUGUCGGUUUCAUCGGCAAGACGAUUUUAUGAUCAACAGGGGAGUCGACCAGCACCGCCAGCAACACCGAGAAGAGUUGGAGGAAAUUAUUUAGUUACUAAAAUGACGUAAGGGAUUUCUUGGUACUAAUUUGAAAGUUUUAGAAAUUGUUAAAUUCUUAUGACGUGAACUGUGACUUGAUUUUCAGAAAAUCAUUUAAGCAACUUUUUAAAAAAAUCUUUUCAAAACAAAGAAAACUUGAAAGAUUUUAUCGUACAACAAAUAAGCUUCAGUCCUUCCGACAACAAUAAUUCCUCCCAAUUUUUCCAUAUCAAUAAAAUUUAUAUUCAUUUUUUCCAGCGAACAGCUCAAUAAUAAAUCAAUGGAAGGUCCAGAUUUGGGAAGCGAUGAUUCGCCAAGAAGUUCGGUUAACUCACAUGAUUGGCAAAGUUUGAUAGAAACUGGAAGAGAUGGUAAUAAACAUCGUAAGUCAUUUGUUACUCUGAAAUGUUUUUUUUCGAAUUUCCCGGUUAUUUUGAGUUUAUUUCUCACCCUUUGGUGUCUUAUUAUUUCAGCGCUAAUUUGUCAUGUGCAAGAUUGUAUGGAACAAUUGAGAAUUCAUGUGGAUAAAUUAUCGCAAGCUAAGAGAAUGGUAAGAACUGCUUUUUGUCAACAUUUUCCUUUUUUGUUUUGUGAUAUUUUGGAGGGGAAAUUUUCGGGAUGUUUUGGACAAAAAAUUAAAUUUCUAGGUGGAAGAGGACUCGAGUUUACCUAUCGAACAGAAAAAGAUAGUGACGUGUGAAAUUGAUCGAUCGAUUGAACGAGUUGUUGAAAAAUUGGCGCCAAAAGAAGUGACUUUGGCAAAUGAUUAUGCACCAUCAAAGAAUUCUAAUAUUUACGGUAUUCUCAAAGAAAAUUUGACAUCUAGACAAUAA